CAACUGGCUGUGGAGUUGCCAACUACUAUUGGUUCGGAGAAACGUCAAUCAAAACUACGUGGUUUUUAACUGGCUAAAUGUUGAGACAAGGCAAAAGGGGUGGGGCUUAAACAGGUUCGCAAAGCUUCAGUCGAGGGGGCUCACAUGGACAUCGGACUGUAACCCGAAUUAAAGUUUCAACUCAUCACAUUGGAACUUUCCAGAAACAUUAUGGCGACCGUUGGCAGACUCUGCACUAAGGAUGCAGUGCUGUUCCUGUGUGACAUGCAGGAAAAGUUCAGACCCAACAUCUUCCAGUUCACCAACAUCGUCAGCAAUGCAGCCAGACUGCUCCAGGCCAGUCGUGUUCUGGGGAUCCCCCCCAUCCUGACAGAGCAGUACCCUAAAGGUUUGGGUCCAACAGUACCAGAGCUCGGAGCUGAAGGUCUCGGUGCUCAUGCUAAAACCUCCUUCACGAUGCUGACUGAGGACGUGGAGAAGGAACUGCAGGCUCUGGGGAACCCCCGACAGGCCAUACUGUGUGGAAUAGAGGCUCACGCCUGCAUCGCUUGCACGACCUUUGACCUGCUUGAAAAGGGAAUGGAGGUUCAUAUCGUGGCUGACGCCGUUUCCUCCAGAAGUCAGACCGACCGUCUGUUCGCUCUGUCCAGGCUGAAGCAGAGUGGAGCGUUCCUGACCACCACAGAGGCCGUGCUGCUGCAGCUGGUGCAGGACGCCAGACACCCCAACUUCAAGGAGAUCCAGAAACUCCUGACGCACCCGUCCCCUGACACCAACCUCCUGGCCUUCUUCAGCACCCUGUAGACUCAUGGUCCACGCUCAUGGUCCACGCUCAUGGUCCACGCUCAUGGUUGACGCUCAUGGUUGACGCUCAUGGUCCACACUGUUACAAUAAAACAGGAAACCAUAAA